GGAGUAGCUUGCCGCAAGCCACCAUGGCUCUUCCUACGUUUCCUCGUCUUGCUCGGUUUCUGAAAUCAAUAUUUGCACCCGCGACGGCUAUAUUCUGCUUCUCAUGCUUACUGACGUUCAUAUUUAUUCUAUACCAGCCAACGCCAGGCCCCGGACGCAUACAACGUCUCGGCUGGCAGUCUUGGGAUGUUAUACUUGAUUCUGCUGCAAAUGGGAAUCAGGUUGACGUAGAGAAUCCUCAGAAUGAUGAGGAAACAUCCGGUGCUAUCUCGGAUCCAAACACCCCAGACAAAGCUCAUGGAGUUGAUUGGUGGAAUGUCACCGAUCCCGCUACCCAGUUUGACCCUAUUGCUGCGACCAAUUGCUGGAUCAACCCAGGGUCUUGGCCGUGGGCAUCCGCCGAUGUUUGUGCUCCAUGGUCAACCAACGAACUUGAUACCACUAGAGGGAAGUGGGUGCUUGUUGAUCAAAAUUUGAAGAAGCAAGGCUAUGGCUCUUUGGUAAGUUCUAUAUCAAUCUUACCUACCAGGUUCGGAAUAGCAAGAACACAGUAAAGCAUAUCGGGAACCACCUGUCCAGCUCUCGUUGUUCAGUGUUGAGCCAGUGGCUCCACUCCGUUCUGAAUGUUGGGCCGGAUUACUUGAAUGCGCUUCAGGGAAUAUGUUCUAGUUCUGUUCUUUGUUAAAAUCUAUGUCAACUCGGUGCUACAAGGGCUGACACAAUCACCCGAUAUUUGUUAUAGAACCUGUACUAUCGUCGUACUCGCCGUCUGGAUAUACCGCUAAUCAACGAACUUCGAAUCGUCGCGGACGGUGAAACGCCAUAUGGGGACGGCGACCCUACUGGUUGGUCCAAGGUUAAAACCGCCGUUAGUCCCCGAAAUCCGAAGAUGUUCCUUUGGUACAAGACAGGAAAGUCUCUGCGCCAGAUGUCCGACGACGAGAAGCGAAACAUCAUCACCGAGGUUGACGUCUUGUUUGGUGACGACAAGCCUUGGUAUGGUUUUGAGAGGCUCGAACCACCAGUUGCCCGAGGUCAGAAACUUUCUGCUACCGUAGCACUUACCAUAAGGCGAGACGUCAAGCUCCCACCAACAGCGCCGCCUCUACACUUCUCACGUGAGGGCAAGUUCAAAAUCCUCCAAAUCGCAGACCUCCACUUCUCCGUUACGGCUGGAAUCUGUCGUGACACCCUCAUCUCACCUUGCGACUCCUCUGAUAACCUUACAUCUUCCCUAAUGUCCCGAGCGCUGGAUGCCGAAAAGCCCGACCUCGUCAUAUUCACAGGCGAUCAACUUAAUGGACAGGGUACUUCGUGGGACUCGAAGUCCGUCCUGGCGAAGUUCGCUGUGAGCGUGACUGAGCGGGGUAUUCCAUGGGCUGCUGUGUUUGGGAACCAUGAUGACGAAGAUGGAGAGACGAGAGAGACGCAGGUGAAAUGGAUGCAAGGCUUACCGUACAGUCUAGUCGAAACCGGUCCGAAAGACAUUCACGGCGUCGGGAACUACCUUUUGAAAGUGUGGAGUGCCGAUGCGUCCAAGACUCACCUCCUGACACUGUACUUCCUGGACUCUGGAUCCUACUCAAAAGGAUGGUUCGACAUCGGCGGCAUACUUCAUGGAACCGAGUACGAUUGGAUUCAUCAAGACCAAAUCGACUGGUUCUUGGAAGAGUCAUCUCGUAUUUCUGCUAUCGAACGACCAUUUACCCCAGAUGGCGCAAAGGACUUUAGUGAUCUCUGGGAACGUCAAAGCUCAGACCAACUCACGCCUACUACUCGACGUCUGGCCAAACCUAAUGCCCUCAUGUUCUUCCACAUCCCUCUGGAAGAAGCCUACUCCGCAGCAGACGUUGACACCCGUACAGGCAAACCUCUCAAUGUAGGACAACAUGACAUCGAAGGUCCAGGGAACGCCAAGAGGCAAGCCGGCUUCUUUCAUAAAGGCGUCCUCGCUGCGAAGACGAGUGAUCAUCGUGCUGGAGGUGACGACCGGGAAGUCAAGGUGAUCGCGAAUGGACAUUGUCACCUCACCGAGAACUGCAAAAGAGUGAAGGGUGUAUGGAUGUGCUUUGGAGGCGGAGGAUCCUAUUCAGGCUAUGGCAAGAUAGGCUUCGACCGUCGAUUCCGAAUCUACGACAUUUCUGAUUAUGGCGAGAAUAUCCGGACUUACAAGAGGACGGAACAUGACGAAAUUGUGGACGAGAUGGUGCUAGUUGGAGCAGGUGCCCCUCCACCUUAUCAGGGAGUAUGAACUAGUGUCGGUUUGGAGGGACUGUCAUUGUAAGAUAGAGUCUGUAUGUAUAUUAUAGUGGAUAUCGGAGGGAAGCAUGAUUGUCCAUGGCGCCGCAUAUAUACGCCCCAGUUUUGCUAGUUAGCUUCUACAUUCAUGAAUCUAUGCGCGUAGAUGUGGACAAUGAAAACGCAAGAGCGGUGGAGUGGAAAUAUCCCAAAGUAAAUAGGCCACCAGUAGCGUCCGUUAG